GAUCGAACCCACAUCCUCAUGGAUACCACACUGAGACACAACAGGAACUCCACAGUUGUACAUUUUAAAUGUCUGUAGCUUUUGCCUUGCAAAAAUGUUGUGUCACUCUUCUCUCCCACAGUGAUAGAGCCUGUUACUCCAUGCUCUUGUGCACACUGGGUAUAAUCAACCAUUUUAGUCUUUGCCAAACUGAUAGGUGGAAAUGGCAUCAGGUGUCUGCCUGUAUCCCAGUGUUCAAGCUAGCCAGACGGCGUAAGAAAAUCCUGUUUUACUGUCACUUCCCAGAUCUGCUUCUCACCAAGAGAGAUUCUUUUAUUAAACGCCUAUACAGGGCUCCAAUUGACUGGAUAGAGGAAUACACCACAGGCAUGGCAGACUGCAUCUUGGUCAACAGCCGGUUCACAGCUGCCAUUUUUAAGGAAACAUUCAAGUCCCUGUCUCACAUAGACCCUGAUGUUCUCUCUCCAUCGCUGAAUAUUACCAACUUUGAUGGAGCUGAUCCUGAAAAGCUUGAUGACCUAGUCCCCAAGGGGAAAAAAUACCUGUUCCUCUCCAUCAACAGAUACGAAAGGAAGAAAAAUCUGACUUUGGCAUUGGAAGCCCUAGUCAAGCUGCGUGAAAGAUUGUCAUCCCAAGAUUGGGACAAAGUUCACCUGAUCAUGGCAGGUGGUUAUGACGAGAGAGUCCUGGAGAACGUACAGCACUAUCAGGAAUUAAAGAAAAUGGUCCAGCAGUCUGACCUAGGCCAAUAUGUGACCUUCCUGCGGUCUUGCUCUGACAAACAGAAAAUCUCACUCCUCCAUGGCUGCACAUGUGUGCUUUACACACCAAGCAAUGAGCACUUUGGCAUCGUCCCUUUGGAGGCCAUGUACAUGCAGUGUCCAGUCAUUGCUGUUAAUUCAGGUGGGCCCUUAGAGUCCAUCGUCCACGGUGUCACAGGAUUUCUGUGUGAGCCGGACCCAGUGCACUUCUCAGAAGCAAUAGAAAAGUUCAUCCAUGAACCUUCCUUAAAAGCCACAAUGGGACUGGCUGGAAGAGCCAGGGUGAAGGAGAAGUUUUCCCCUGAGGCAUUUGAAGAACAACUCUACCAAUAUGUCACCAAACUGCUGGUAUAAUCAGAUUUUUUAAUGUCAUUAUUCUAUAUUCAUCCCUACAAUAUUUGUAGAUUGUGGACCCACUUUUGAAACCAAAGAAAAACCCUCAUAUUUAGUGCAAAAUAGAUUUUUUUUUUAAAUAUACUUAAAUCUUGAAUCUGAGCUACCUUCCUAGAGCUCAUACCUCCCCAUCUACUUUUUUAGAAAAAGCAGUAUCAGAGUUACCCUGGUUGCAGUGGGUUAAGGAUCCAGCACUGUCACUGCAGCAGCUCGAGCCGAUGCUGUGGCAUGGGUUCAGUCCCUGGCCCUGGAAUUUCUGCAUAGUACAGGUGCAGCAAGAAAAAAACUUGUUUUUAUGCUAUAAUAAUUCUGAGUCUUAGUAGUAUUGAUUCAAUAUAAAUAUGGUAAGAUUUGACGUUCAGCAGCAUAUUUUAGUUAUAUUUUCUCUAGAUUAUUGUUGCCCUGCCUAUAAAUUUUUAGUCAUAUUGUGCCUUACUUGGUUUUAAUACUUUAAAUAUAUCAUCAUCAAAGUUGAUUAACUUGACUUCAUAGCAUAAUGAGAAGACCCACAAUGUAAUUACCAAAAUCAGUCCGCUGACCACUGUUAGGAAAUUUUUAUCUGUCAUACCUUUGCCUGAAUCCAUAGCAUGAAUGCUCUGUGUUGUUUUUUUGUUGUUGUUUUUUUUACUAAGAUGAUUUAUUGUGUUUUUGGACACAGUCAUGACAAUAAAAGAUGUUUAUGCUGGGAAAAGACAAAAUACUAAAUGUUGGCCUCCAUGAUCUAUGUGGUGUUAGGAAUGUAGACAGCCAGGCCUGAAAUCAGAAACCAGAGUUAACCGGAUAUUGGAAUGAAUGGCUGUUGUUAUGCAUGAGGUGUUCAUCUUGUUUAGAGUUCAUUUCAAAGUGUCAUCUGAGUCAUCAGCUUUGUUAAUAUUCGUGUUUUAUUAAGUUAUUAACUAAGUUCCUAAAACGUAUAAGACACAAAUGCUUUUUAUCCUUUAAGGCCUGCCCUCACGGCUGUGAAGCUUUCCUUGAACCCUCCACCUACUCCUGAACUGAAAAUGACCUUCCCACCCAUGUACUGUGGCCCUCUCAUGUCAGUGACCAUUCUUAGAGUUCAUUAUUUACCUGUUGAUCUAAAUACAAAUAAACCUAAAGCACUUUCUUUUUUUUUUUUUUUUUUUUUUUUGUGUGGUCUUUUCAAAGCUGCACUUACAGCAUAUGGAAGUUCCCAGGUUAGGGAUUGAAUCGGAGCUGCAGCUGCCGGCCCACACUACAGCCAUGUCUGUGACCUAUGCUAUAGCUCAUGGCAAUGCCAGAUUUUUUAACCCUGUGAGCAAGGCCAGGGAUCAAACCUGCAUCCUCAUGGAUACUAGUCAGAUUCUUAACCUGGUGAGCCACAACAGAAACUCCCAAAGCACUUUCAACAUAUCUUUAAAUUCAUUUUUUAAAAAUAGCAAAGAUCUCUAGCCAAAGGCUCUACAUUAAUCACCUCUCAGAGCACAGACUUGAGAGUAUGACAGCCUAUGUGACUUUGGGCAAAUUGCUUAAUCUCUGUGCCUCAGCUUCCUCAUCUGUAAAGGGGAAUAACUGCGCUAUUGUACUUUUCUCAUCGGGUGGUUGUGACAGAUUGCCAUAAUAUGUGAAGAGUGCUUAAGAUACUAGUUGGUACAUUGUAUGGGCUGUAUAAAUGCUGGCUAUUUCAUAGUUGGCGGAGACCAAAAAUCACUGUAGAAGUUGCGCAUGGAUUCAGGCUGCACUACUAUAUUGUUCUCUGGGGUUCUUUAGAGGAUGAAGUUUCAGGUUGUGAUUUAUCUUGUUAUUCUGGACCAUAGGAGUAUGUCGAUGAAAGAAAUGACUGCAACAAAGAGUUCUCUAAAAUGAGAGUGUCAGGGUUAUUGAGUCUUUGAUGGAAAGAAAAGUUUAGUUGAGUUCUCUUUCCUUUGGCAUUGCGAAAACUUGCUGUCCAGUAAAGUAGGUCAUCCUGUUUUUUGUGGCUUGGGGCAUUGGUUUCUCAGGGAACUAAAGCCUUUCCAGAAAGGCCUGGUGGCUCUGUCCACUGGGUUUAGGACAGAUGGACUCAGUCAUGCCCUGAGACAUAACUGAUACUUACUCAUUCCAAACACUAAAACUUUUACCUAUUUGACCAUUUUUAUGUAGAUCCUUCCAAAAUGGAGUCUAGGCUUCAUGGGCCAUAUGUUUACCUUUCCUUCCUUUUCUAAACCACAGCAGGUGACAGUGUUAUUGUGUUACCACAUACUGGGAAGGAUGCAGAGCCCAGCCUGAGCUUCCAGCCUCUGGUGCAGUAACUCCUGCCUCUGGACCUAGGUUGGAGCUUUGCCCAUAGGAUGUAUUCACGGCUUCCAAAACUAAGCUGAAGUUAGGGAAAAUAGAAGCAUGGAAGACUGAGGCGAACUGUUCAGGACCUUAACAGUAGUAAUUCUAGCACUCACUGUGGGUCAGGAUGGUGAGACACAUCUUAGACAACUCAUUUAAUGUCACACAGCUUGGAAGGAUGGGCAGCAUCUCAGGGAUCUCAAGGCUGUCUGAUUCCAAAGUCCAACGACUUUAUCAUCCAACCCAGACCAGGUUCCUUGUGUGGUGUGUAUUCAGUCAACAGGUGUAGGUCACCUGUCCAGGUCCUCGGGUUUAGGGAAGCUUUGCUUAUUAUUCAUUUUCGCUUUUCGUCUUCACAAUAGUCUUGUAAGGUGGAUAUAAUUGUCCUUCAUUUUAUACAUAGAGAAGCUCAGGGAGGUGAAAGACUUGCCUGCAGGCACAAUUCAAAAAUGAGUAAACCAAGAUUUAACCCACAGUUACCUGAUGCAUCUAGGAUGGCACAUACCAGACUUUCUCAGCCAGCUCCCCUUGGACAAGCAUGAAUAUUGCAGGUCCUUUAGUACUUUAUGAAAUUCAAUAUAAAUACAGCAUUCUGAGUCAUAUCAAAGCUAGGGGACAAGACACUCUUCUGUCUUCAAAUUAGUGCUCUGACCCUAAAAGUGUGGCUGGUAUCCCAUGCCUACCCCAUUGCCCUAUCCCAGCCCCAUGAGAAUUGCUGCUCAGAGGCCACAUGCCAACUGCCCUAUAGCAGAUGUUGAGUCGAAGUCCUAGUGGAGUUAUCAGGAUCCUUUACUUGCAUGAAGCAGAAAUUCAAGCUGAUGUAACUCAGAACAUUGUAAGAGUUGGGUGUUUGAAAGAAUCCAAGCCAGAGAGUCUGUCACCCCCAUACCCCCUCCCCAAGGGAUGGGUGAGCUGGAGAUGAAAGCUUUUUUCUCAUGCACUCUCUCAAGGAAAUCGCUGUUCCCAUGUUGACUUGCUCACCUGUGCAACCCCUCAUCCUUCCUUGCCUUCCAUGGAUCUCCACCAGUUGGUGCAAAUUCUACACAUGCAGAGGAGGUGGAGGUGGAGGCAGAGGCACGUACAUAGAAAGAACAUUCACUCACUCAGCUAAGGGGAAGCAGUAUUGUUCUUCCUGUUUGGAAAGGAUCCACUGACUAAUGAUACUGACUGCUAUUUGCACAGACUUUAGAGUUGGCAAAGCUCUUUCCACGUUGUCUCAUUUACUCGUCACAGCACUGUUCCAGGAAGUUAUUAAAGCCAUGCUUACUCUCAAAAAGCUGGGGCUUCCAGCUAGGAAGCUGUGGACCAGGUUGACAGUUCUUUCAAUUGUGUUAUAGAUGCCUCACCACCUACCCUGACCAGUAUGCCAGUUUCAGUUCCACUUUCUUGGUCUGCCUCUUCUUCUUUAAAGAAAGUGAGGAAGCUAGACACUUCAUGGCCCUGCUCUCUGCUCGUCCUUUGUCUGUUCAUGACCAUCAGCCAUUCUCUGUCCACCUCUGCCAACAUUGUCAGCUGUCUGUGACCUCCUUUCUUGUGCAUUUCCAACUCCCAGAAUCAAAUCCACUCAGCUGACUAGAACCCCACAGAUCACCCAACCUAGUUUGCUCUUACACAGAAGGGAAAACAGGCCCACAAAAAGAAAGGGACCUGCCUGGGGUCAUACAAAGGGACAAUUGCAUCCCUCCUCUUUGUUUUCUUGAACCCUCUCGCACCACCUCCACUCUGUCAAAAACCCCUUUUUUCCUUCCAUUUUGAACUCCUGAUUCUUUUAAUCCUAACCUCAGUGCCCUGCAGCUCCGUCCCCAAGAGCCUGUGAGAUUGCCACCAUCCAGACCCCAGUGCCUACUAGCCAAGGGUGGGGUGUUGUCUCAGUGACAACUGUCCUCUGGUUAAACAGCAACCCUUGGGAGGGAAGAUGAGAGAUUUUACCAUGCGGACUUCAAGCCAGGGGACUGCUGGAGCCAGCAACUGUGUCUUUGUCAAGAGGACUAGGGAUUGGGUGGUGCUCACAGGGUGAACCAGAAAUAGAACCUCCAGCAAAUGCUGAAAUAUCUUGUAGAAAGCACUAUUUCUAGGCCAGCCACUGAUGUCAUUUGAGGCAAAUGUAGCCUAAAAGUCUCUUAGGGGUUGUGUGUAUGUGUGUGUGAGUGUUUGUGAGUUGGGAUUUGGGGGAGGAGGGCACAGGUUUUACUUACCUUUUUGACCUGCCACUCACCCAAGAAGUUGACAGGCAGAAUUAGACCAGACAACUAAGUUGAUAAAGUCAAAUUGGCCUUUGCUUUUCUGUUACUUAAGCUAGAAUUCUAGGUCCCCAACUAUUGAAGUGUCCUGAUGGUGAUAGUCUAAAGUCUAGGUUUCCUUAUCUAUAAAAUGGAUAUAAUCAGAUCCAAGUAGCCCACCCCAUAGGGUGAUUGUGAAGGAGAGACAAAUAAGCAUUGAGUGAGAGGGACUGAACCAGUAUAUGAGUGAGACAAAGGAUGUGAAGCUGAUGUGUAAACUGUAGAGUGCCAGGAGCUUGUUAGGAAUGAAGGCAAUCUUUAAAGGUCUGAAUGAAUUGCCCCAGUCUGUUGCCAUCCCAGUAAGAUUAGCUUGGGCGCUCUGCCUUCGCUGGGGAAUGUCACACCAUGCGGAGACAGAACGUUUGAGCAAACCCAACAAGGAGUAUUUCCCUCUCAAUUUGUGAAUUUGUUUUUCUUUUGUUUCUUUAGGGCCGCAUCCACAACAUAUGGAAGUUCCCAGCCUAGGGGUUGAAUUGGAGCUAGAGCUGCCGACCUUCACCAUAGCCAUAGCAACUACAGGAUGCAAGCCGUGUCUAUGACAUACACCACAGCUCACAGCAACACUGGAUCCCCCACCCACUGAGUGAAAUCAGGGCCGGAACCCGCAUCCUCAUGGAUGCUAGUCAGAUUCGUUCCUGCUGUGCCACGAAGGGAACUCCCGUGAAUUUCUUAACAUCAGGUUUUCCAACAGUUAGGUCUGUGUGGUACUGAAGUAAGGAUGGACAAAUAGAUCAGCCCAACAGAAUAGAGUUUUUUGGUUUUGCUUUUUUGGGGGUGGGAGGGAUGGGUUUUGUUUGUUUGUUUUGGCCUUGCCUGUGGCAUGUGGAUAUUCCUGGGCCAGGGAUUGAAUCCAAGCAAUAACCUGAGCCACAGCUAUGAUAAUGCUGGAUCCUUAACCCACUGCAUCACAAGGGAACUCCAGACUAGAGCUCGAAAAUAAAUUUGCACAUAUGUGGUCAAUUGAUUUUUGCCCAAAGUGCCAAGGUAAUUCAAUGGGGAAAAGAUAAUCUUUUCAAGAAACAGUGCUGAACGGUCAUCCACCGUUGACCCGGCGGUGUAUAGCACAAAGAACUUUACCCAGUAUUCUGUGAUAGCCUAUAUGGGAAAAGAAUCUGGAAAAGAAUGGAUGUGUGUACGUAUAACUGAAUACUUGGUCGUACAGCAGAAAUUAUCCCAACGUAAAUCAACUAUACGUCAAUAAAACUCUAAAAAAUGGAAAAAAGUAAAACAAUUUAAAAAAAGAAAUGAUACUGAAACAAUUGCAUAUCUGUAUGGAAGAGAAAAAAAUCGCAACUUUUAUCUCAUGCUAUAUACAAAAAUGAACUUGAAAUGGAUCAGAGGCCUAAAUAUAAAAGCUAGACUUCAUAAGUUAGGAAAAUGGAAGAAAAUCUCCACAGUCUUGGAGGUAGGCAAAAAUUUAUUUGAUGGGACACAAACAGCACAAGCAUAGAGGGGGAAAUUAGUAAGCUGAUUUCAUCAAAGUUAAAAACUACUGCUUUUCAAAGGACAGUGAUUUUUUUUUUAAUUAAAAAACAGGUGUUCCUAUCAUAGUUCAGCAGAAAUGAAUCUGACUAGUAUCCAUGAGAUGAAAGUUCAAUCCCUGGCCUUGUUCAGUGGGUCGGGGAUCCAGCGCUACCAUGAGCUGUGGUAUAGGUCGCAAAUGCAUCCUUGGUUGCUGUGGCUGUGGUGCAGGCGAGCAGCUACAGUUCUGAUUGGACCCCUAGCUCAGGAACUUCCAUAUGCCAAGGGUGCAACCCUAAAAAGCAAAAAAUAAAAAUAAAAUAACAAGUCACAGCCUGUGAGCAAAUAUUUAGUAUAUCUGAUUUAAAAAACUGCAUCCAGUAUUGGGUGUUAUAACUCGAUAUAAGAGAACAAACAACCUACAUUUUUUAAGGGGCAAAAAUUUGAACAGUCAUUUCACAGAAGCUCUACAAAUGGCCAAUAAACACAUAAGAUGUUCAACAUCACUGGUCAUAAAAGAAAUGCAAGUUAAAACCGCAGUGAAGUAUCAGUGCACACCCAUAAAAUUAAAGACUCUCAUUAAAAAUGUUGGUAAGAAUGUUGAGCACCUGGAAUUCUCACAUAUUGUUGAUGGGAAUGGGAAGUGGAAUAAACUCUUUGAAAAAUUGUUUGACAUUUCUUAUGAAGUUAAACGAGACACUUACCAUAUGACCCAACAAUUUGACUUCUAUACAUUUUGCCUAAAAUGAUUAGAAAAAUAUGUAAACAAAGACUUAUUCAAGGAUUCAUAACAGCUUUUUUCAUUGAUUGUCAAAAACUGAAAACAAUCCUAGUGUCCAUCAGCAGGUGAAUAGAUAAAUUGCAGUGCAUUCAUCCAAUGGAACACUUGUCAGCAAUAACAAGGAAGGAAAUGCUGAUAAGCGCAAUGAUGUUGAUGAAUCUCAAGAACAUUACUGAAUGAAAUGUCAGACACAAAAAAGUUCAUAGUAUGUGACUCCAUGGAUAUGAAACCUGAAGGAAAGAAAAAGUGAAGCUAAACUAUAGUGACAAAAAGCUGAUCACUGUUUGCCUAUGGUCCAGGGUGAGAGACUGACUAGGAAAGGGCACGAAGGACUUUUUUUAGCAUGAUGGAAAUGGCUUAUAUCUUUAUUAUGGUGAUGGUUUUAAGGGUGUAUAUAUUUGUCGAAAGUAAUCAUAUAUAUGCUUAAGAUGAGUAUAUGUUAAUGCAUAUAAAUUGUAACUCAUAAAGUUGAUUUUAAAAAACA